CGGAGCGGAGCAGGGCCCAGGGCGGGUCGCCGGUCUGGCCCGGGCGGGACAGGCGGAAGGAGUCUGCGGAACCGGCAGCAGGAGCAGGCCGGCCGCGCCAUGGAGAGCGCGGUUCUCUGGUUUUGCAACUGGAGCACGCUGGGCGUGUGCGCCGCGCUCAAGCUGCCGCAGAUCCACGCGCAGCUGGCGGCGCGCAGCGCGCGGGGCAUCAGCCUGCCGAGCCUGCUGCUGGAGCUGGCGGGGUUCCUGGUGUUCCUGCGGUACCAGUGUUACUACGGGAGCCCGCUGCUCACCUACCUGGAGUACCCCAUCCUCAUCGUGCAAGAUGUCAUCCUCUUGCUCUGUGUCUUCCACUUCAAUGGGAACAUGAGGCAGGCCGGGCCCUACGCCACCGUAUUCGUUUCUUCCUGGUUUGUCCUGGGUCUGCAGAAGUGGCUCAUCGACCUGGCCAUGUACUUGUGCACGUUCAUCAGUGCGGCCAGCAAGUUUGUGCAGCUCCGGCACCUGUGGGAGACGCAGGACUCGGGGGCCGUGAGUGCGCUGAGCUGGGGCCUCUCUGCGUACACCUGUGCAGCGAGAAUAAUAACAACACUGAUGACCACCACUGAUUUUGCAAUCCUCACCCGCUUCGUAAUCAUGCUGGCUUUGAACAUCUGGGUGACCCUCACAGUGCUUCAGUACCAGAAGGCCAGAAGCAAGGACAAAUGAGGACACCAUCGCCACCCCCCCGUGUGCUGGGAAGGCCCCGUGGACAGGGUGGCUCCUAGCUACACCGCUCCUAAAUGCAGUCAAGGGUCCCAGUGACUGCGAAGGCCUUGUUUAGAUGCCAUCCCAUGGCUCUCCCCACCUCUGCAGGUGCUAUUGGCUCAAGCUGUGGGUUGACAAGGGCAGGACGCACAGGAGGGGGCCCAGUAGCCCGAGCCCCUCCUUCUUGGAUGUGAUUUCAUUCUCUCUGAUGAACUAAUAACUACAUCUAUUUUCCUGUGUUCAGAAUCUUUAGAGAAAAACCUUCACCACACCAAUGAACACGAUCCAUU